GAGCUGUGAGCGGCCAGCUGCCCGAAGCCCUCCACAUGAUCAACAUCGCUCUGGAGAACUGUCCGCGGGACGCUCGCCUCUACCUGUUCAGAGGGAUUCUGUACCGCCGUCUGAAGGACUUCACAGCAGCCAUCGAGGAUCUGGUCCAGGCUGUGGAGCUGAGCGAGGAGGAGGAGGUCAGGGCUCAGGCGGAGGCCGGAGAACAGAAGGAGGAGAGUGGCUCCGUGGAGGAGGAGGUGCGGUUUCAGGUGGUUCUCACCUACAAUGAUUUUGCCGUCCAGUGCUUCAGCAGAGGCCUCUACGCCGAGGCCACUCUGCUGCUCCACAAGGCCGUCGAGCAGGAGAAGGGCCAGGCCGGCCUGUACCUGAACCGAGGAGACUGUUUCUUUAAGCAGGGCGAGUGGUGUUUCGCUCUGGCCGACUACCAGCAGGCAGAGGAGAUGAUGCGUCCCGACGACCCGGCCGUCCGGCUCCGCCUCGCCAUCCUCCACAACACGCUGGGCUCCCUCUGCUUCCAGGACGGGUGUUUCCAGGAGGCAGCUGACAUGUUUUCUCUGGCCGUCCAGUACGACCCGGCAGCCGGUCGCUACUACGAGAGCAGAUCCAAGGCCUUCCGGAAGCUCCUGGACCUAGAGGGAGCCAGACGGGACUUCAUCUGCAUGCUGAUCCUGGAUCCCACCAACGAGGAGUUGCCUCCGAUGCUCAUGAACCUGUUCCCCGGCUGCAGCGCGGCUGAUGUUUUGUCCAGUCCAGCAGGACAAGCAGUCAGAGCUCAGCUGAUGGACUCCAUCCAGGCCUGCAGCUCCUCCUCUGACCGACAGAG